AAGUUCCCUUUUCAAUAAUCUCAGGAGUCUCACUGUCGAACGUACUUUCCGUGGGUGUAAGUUCCACGAAGUGAAGCGUGCCUGCCAAAGUUGGAAGACGCUUACCAGCUAUUGCUCUCUUACGUUGCUUCUUCUCCCUUUCAAACAUCACCAACACAAAUAUCACGUCAACGCCAACUGGCAAUGCAGCAUUCAUAGCAAUUGCAUCACUCACUGAUAUCAUCAAUAUUGAAUGGCACGAGGUAAAGCAAGGUGCAAAGAAUCCCAACAUCCAACUUGCGCCGUUUAUCGACCAUUGGUGAAGCGACCACCACUCAUUCCUCCUGUCCACCGAGAGGCUCUUGUCACACCACAGUAUACUCUUAUUGUACCACGAAAUCAUCAAGUCAUGGAUGAUAGUACUGCUCUUCGGCAGUCAGCUUGGGGUGCUGAAGGCGCACGACGUCCUUCGCAGGCGAAUCGUAGCCAAACAGAAGACGAAACCACAUUUCAAGAUUGGCUAAGUCCUUGGUGUCAAGAGCCACCAGAUGCCGAGAACAGAGAUGUAGAAACGUGUUGCUUGGGGUUUUGGGUUCCUUGUGCGCUUUAUGGAAAGUCUAAUUGGCGUUUAAAGCGAGUGGCCAUGGGAGAAGACUCUUCUAAUGCUAGCUGGAAGCCAAGUAUGGGCUGUAAUGGUAAUUGCUGGGGCUGGUUCGGGUUGUGCUGUCUGACAGCAGUUGUCAUUCCGUGUUGCGGUCCAUGGUGCAUUGCAGGUAUUGUAACUGGUAUGCAGCGCACUCGAGUCCGCGGAACAUAUGGAAUGCAAGGAAAAGUUGUCGAUGAUUUUUGCAAGGGCUUUUGGUGUUCCUGUUGCACUCAAAUGCAGAUCGACCGUGAAAUCCGAGCCCGAGAAGGAGAUAAGACGCUGAGAUAUAACAAGCAAUACCUCGCAAGCUUACAAGACACACAUAUCGACACACAACCUCAGCCGCCUGAGCUAAUGAGCUAUGCUCCAUCGCGACAAGCGUCAGAGCAAGCUAUGGAGCUGACUCAGGUCACGACAAAACCGAAAAAACUUCUCAAAUCGCCACCUGCCAUAGUAAACCGGGUCGACGAGGUACGAGUCCAGAUCUCUGCCCCACAGCCAACCCGGAGCAGAAACGGGGAACCAAUCAGGCGUGGUGAACCACAGCAACAAGCGGAAAAGCUAAAGGACGCCGAGGAGAUCAUUGUCUCAGUUGACAAGAAAUCCCGACAUGAUACCAAGAAGGACUAUGGAAAUGCCAAGCAGCUUCGUGCCAAGCCUCAUGCAUCUGUUAAUGAUGCUGAAGCUUCGAAGGAGCCCGGAAAGAAGGCCAACACAUCAUCUUCGUCCGCACAUGAGAACGUAGCGGCUAUACAAGAGAAGUCUCGACAUGAUCGCCUCUUGGAAGAGCAUACUAUUGUGGACUGUGUGGAAGUAGAGACGGCAAUGAAAGACAAUAAACUCGAAAAGCAGGAAAGCCGUCUUCUGAUCGACUGUACAAUUGUAGAGGUCGGUGACAACAAGACUUCUGGAAUGGUAGAGCAACACGAGAUGGGGGACUGCCACGGAGCGUCAUCAUCUGAAGAUACUCAAGAGCUGUCUUAUGUCCAUGAUUUCACAGACUGUCCCGUUGACAAGGCAGUGCUUGACUAUUACGAAAGUCAAGGAACAAAGGUACAGCAACACAGCUUAUCCGAUGAUCCUCGAACAAGCUCUUCUCGUGGAAGAUACAUAGAGCAGCAUCGCUUAUCUGAAGAUACUCGUGUCAGCUCUGCUCGUGGUAGAUACAUAGAGCAGCAUCGCUUGUCCGAGGAUACUCGUGCAAGCUCUUCAACGGCCCAUCAGCCUCCGAAUGCUUCUCGUCAACACACGGAGCUCGAAUGUCUGGAGUUGCACCAAGCUGGCUCAUCAAAAACGACAGGAAGACAAAAUCGAAGUGCAAGCUUUGGUACCGACACUACUGUGACCAAAUCUCCCAACGGUCUCAAAGAGCAUCGACUUGUCAGCUGCCCACCUGGGUUCUCUGUGAAAUCAUCUUCUGAUGAUCGAUCUCAAGACAGUGACGAUAAUCAUGCCUCUCAAAAGCCGGAUAAAAAGCGUCUACAUGCCUCCUCAAGAUCCAAGAAACAGGGCAAUGCUCUUCACAUCCAUGAUGAAAACUGUCUCACUGGUAGCUUGCGUCACAAAUGCGCCUUGAAUUUUGAGAUCACGAGCUCAAAGCAAGCUGGCGACGUUGACUCCUCAAACAGUGCUGGAGCUGCCACUGAAAGCAAAAGUGGCCAUGGUCAGAAGCAACGUCGCUUCAAAGGACUUCGAAAAACUAACGAUACAAAGACCAGUUCAGGUUCUAAUGACAACAAGAGCAGCCGGUCAGCAGAGAAAUCUGGUCAAAGUGUCCACUCACAAACUUCAUCGCAAGGCGGCAAGAAGGAGAACAGCCAGAAUAGUCGCGGAGGCACAUCCUGCAAACUCGUUGGCUUUCCAUACGGUGAAUUUGAAGAGACCAAGAUCAUUGCGGGAAGUAGUAAAUCUCAGGGCGAGCAGGCUAAAGAGCUUGUAAAGAUAGUUGUUACUGAGGUAGAGCAGGAGAGUCAAGACGGCAAGGGUUCCAGCUUCUGGAGCAAGAUGACAGGUAGCACCAAGGGGAAGGAGGCAUCAUCGGAGUGUCAUACUUGACUUGUUUGAUAUAUCUUGAACAGGAUCGGCUCAAGGGUUAGGCUGUUAGAAUUCAGAUUGAGAGUAUUAUUAGGUUGGGUGGCUGAAAGUAGGACGUUGCAUUGUAUCCAUUCCUUUUUGUCUAGUCCACAAGGCUUA